GAAGAGACCGCGUCCAUCUUUGCUACAAGGGUUCUUAAACACAUCUACAAUACUGCACUUUCCCGCUGCCCUUACGCUUUCACGUUCAUCGAACCCGUCACGCGCUCUUCGUCGUCCUUCACGUAGUAGUACUAUUAGGAAUAAGUGCAGCACCGUUCACUCAGACGACAUGGAAGAAUUCAACGUCACAAAACAGGGUAGUCACGUGAUGACCAAUUGGAAUCCACGCAUCCUCUCCGCCUCUCGCAUGAUGGGUGUCAUCUUCCUCAGCUCCGCGAGCGACGCGACAGACCACUUCACCCAAUCGAUGCGCAUCCGCAGUGACAAGGUCUGGCCCGCCUACCGCCGGGUGCACCUCUUCGAGAGCUUCGACUCGGCGGAAGCGAAGCUGACCCUUCGCGUCAAAGGCGCGCUUGGCACCAUGAGGGAGACGGUGACAAAGGCAAACGGGGCGGAGUUGACGCGCUACAGCUUUGUGAAGGGGUUCCAGGUGGCGGAUGACGCGUGGAUGAUCCGGUUCGCCUCCGAGGCGGAGCUGAACAGGGCGAAGGAGCUUUUUACGCGUAUGCCGCGGGUGAAGUCCCUUCCCGUGACGGAGCAGAAUACGGAGGUGCCGUCGACGGCCGUCUCCGUCCGCUAA